ACUUUUCAUUUUUCAAUAGGUAUAUUUUUUUGGAGAUGGUGAGGCGAGUACUUUAGGCAUGCAGUUAAUUAUUCAUAUUAAUUGCUAUUUGCCUCGCAUGGACACUAAAUAUUAAACAUAACAGUUAACACGUAAACCAAAUAUGAGUAAGGACCGAGAUGGUAGAGUGAGCCAAGCUCAGAUGAAGAAGUUAUUGGAUUUGCUCAGCACAGAUGGAACUUUGCUAGAUGGGAGGGUGGUAUAUAAAGACACAAACAAACUGAAAUUCUGGAAGCGUAUAGCAGUGCAGCUGAAUAGUGUUGAGAAUGGAGUUGUUAAGAAUUUUCAUAAGUGGUGUAAAAUGUGGGCAGAUUGGAAAAAUAAGACUAAAAGGAAAGCGGAUAUAGUAUUAAGAAGAAAAUUUGGAAAUCAAAAACCAAAUUUUACAAAACUAGAACUGAGGUUAUUAAAAUUGAUAAACUAUCCAAUUCAUGAUGUAUUAGGUGUUCUUAAUGAAGAAAAGAGAUAUGAUCAAACACAAGAGAUUGACAAAUUGAGUGAAGACUUGGACCCUGUUGAAAGCAAUGUUGAUGAUAACUUGGAAGGAUUUAAUGAGGACAAUAGGGAAUUCAUAAGUCUUGGAGUCCAAGAUAAGCAAGAUUCGUCUCAUUGUUAUGACAUAUUUGUUUCAGAUACCCAGAAUAUUUCCAGUGACAUUGGAGGAGUGGACAUAAAGGAGGAAGAAAAAGACUCAAGCAACACCGAAACGUUAGAUUACAGAGCCAAAACAAAACUCGAUCUAGAAAAGGAAAGGGUACAUCAGAAAAGCGAGGAGUUAAGACUGAAAGCGUUGGAGUUGAAAUUAAAAGGUGAUGAACUGAAACUGCAAGAGACUGAAGUUAGCAGAGUCAACUAUUUGACGCAGCUUGAAGAGCAGAAACUUAAGUGUAUGAUGGAGAUAGCUGCGUCUUUAAAAGAAUUAGUGGAAUGGACAAGAAAUGGCAGCACAAGAUUUCAUAAUGUUAUGCAGUAAAAGUAUCAAUAAAAACGAAUUUUUUAAACAA